GCACACAGGCCACAGCGAGACAUUUAAACUUUAAAGAUCCUCCAGAGCAGCCUGUGUGAGAGCGUGUGUGUGAGAGAGGAGAGCGUUCAGAUUCAAACCAGACAAGCUUUUAAGUCCAUCCAAGUUCUCCAGAAAUCCUGAGGCCUUUUCUUUGAGUCACAAUGGGAGCGUUUAUCGCCAAGAUGUUGCUGCCCACUAUUAGCAGUUUGGUGUUUGUGCCUGCAGCCAGUGUGGCUGCAAAGAGGGGCUUCCACAUGGAGGCCAUGGUCUAUUUCUUCACAAUGUUCUUCACCGCGAUUUACCACGCGUGUGACGGUCCGGGCUUGUCCAUUCUCUGUUUCAUGAAGUAUGACAUUCUGGAGUACUUCAGCGUGUACGGGACAGCCAUAUCCAUGUGGGUCACGCUACUGGCGCUUGGGGAUUUCGAUGAGCCCAAACGCUCUUCGCUCACCAUGUUUGGGGUGUUGACCGCAGCUGUGAGGAUCUACCAGGACCGACUGGGCUACGGCAUAUACUCCGGCCCCAUCGGGACAGCUGUCUUUAUGAUCACAGUCAAAUGGUUGCAGAAAAUGAAGGAAAAGAAAGGCCUUUAUCCAGAAAAAAGUGUUUACACUCAACAAGUGGGCCCAGGGUGCUGCUUCGGUGCACUUGCUUUGAUGCUUCGCUUCUAUUUUGAGGAGUGGGACUACGCUUAUGUCCACAGUUUCUACCACGUGUCUCUGGCCGUGUCCUUCAUCCUACUGCUGCCCAAGAAGAACCGUUAUGCUGGGACAGGACGCAACGCAGCCAAACUCAACUGCUACACCCUCUGCUGCUGUACUUCACAACCUCAGAUGAAGGAAAAAGCACGGACUAUCUGGACUACUCCUCAGAAACCCUGGAUGCGGACCUGUGGUCCUGGCCUACCGUUACACAAAUCCCGGCCACGCACCAUGUAACGCAAGAAACCGUGUCUGUUAACGGCACCCUGAAAGUGAGGACAGUUAUACGACCUCCCAGCAGGCCAAGUAUGCAUUGGACAACUCAUUCACAGGGACAGCACGAUGCCCUGCUAGUGAAAAUCCCAGAAAAAACAGACUCAUAGCAAGAUAUGGAUAGAGAAUAGACUAUCCACCUGAAAAGGAAACACCAAGGCUGGAUUUGACUCCUCAAAUCCAGCUGGAAAGUUUGAGUCACAAAAAAACAGCAGACACAUUAUCUAUCCAAAAUGAAUAAACUGUCUUUCAAAGGUUUCUCAGCAGGGACCACUUGUCUAUGUCCGUUUUAAGAGGCUGUAAAAGAGGCAAUUUAAUUCUUUAUACUCAUCUGUUUGUGCCAGACAGGUCAGACAUCAUCUGGGUACAACUAAACAUUCAACCAAACCUAUAAAGAACAAGACAAGUGGAUUGAUAUAUAUAGCGGUGGAUGGAAUUUUCAAGCAAAUCUGUGGGUUUUAAAAAUAAUUUUAUAUGUAAAUAUAUUUAUUUAUUGUUUCAUUUGUUGUACUGUAUCUAUCUAAUGUUUUUCAGUUUUGAAUAAAUGUUUUUUAAGAUUUAUUGUCGUUUGAACACACUGUGUACAUUCAGGGGA